GAGGAGGAGGAGGAGCGAUUGUGCAGGUGAUGCGUGCGGGCAGAAGAGAGGCAGAAAAUCACCUGGAGACACGGCAGGAGGAAGGCUAAUUGUGUCACCUGUAUGUAUGGGCAGCCGUCACACCUGAGAUUGCAACAGGUGACAGGUGAAGGGCGCCAGCUGCACCGAGACAUCUGCUUCUCUGUAAUGAUACCCAACCUUCUGAUGCUAUCCAAACCUCCCCUCGCUCCCCGGCGCUUCCAACCUUGCCCGGCCCGCUACUCCAGCCCACCUGAGCGACCACCCAGCUGUCCUGCAAACCGCGCCCUGGAGAACCAAACCUGCGGCGCUGUGGGUGGCCAGCAGCACCGCCCGGAGCCACAAGGACACAGUUGCUCCAGCCUUGGGAAGUUGUACAAGGAAGCCAAGGAGACGAGGGAAGAGAAACUACGUGAUAGCAGUUUUUGGACGCCAGGGAAGGACAAGAAAGCAGUCUCGUUGUGUGAGCUCAGUAGUGAUGUCUUUGUCUCACUUGGCAGUCUGAGGGUCGCAUUCCGCUCAGAUCACCAAGAAGAAAAGGCGUGUGGUGCUAAAAGAUUCUCAUUCUCACAUAUCAGAGUCUCAGAACUGUUUUUAAAUGUUUCCUUAUCUUAUCUAAUAGACUGUAGUAGAGGUUAUUGGGGUCUCGAGUAAUUUCAUGAUUUCAUUGAUAGCUUAAGAUGCACUCAGCACCAUUAAUAGUAAAAACAGCUAUAAAAACACGACUAAUCAUCUCUGUGUCUUCUGAAAAUAGUCCUGACGACAAAACAAAGCAUUCAUGAGUACGAACUAACAUGAACUCACACGGAGGAUGCUGGUGAGCGAUAUGAGACCACCAAGUAACUCUUAAGGCUAUAUUCUGAAAAGUUUUGCUCUCACCAUCACAACUCGUGUUUUUAGGAGUAUUUUUGUGGUUCUGGCGAUAGACUGGCAAGAUUUCUAGUUCAUUAAAAGGAGAAACUGUCUUGAAAACCUGGCUAGUUGUCUCUGUGGCCUCAGAAAAUUGCUGUAAUGAGAGGAGAAGGCGUUUCUGAAUAGUGAAAAUAAAGUACAUGGCCACUGAAACGAAAUAUAUAUAAAAAAAAGUCUUGAAAAUCCUUAAGGGAAAUGCUCCUUACGGUCGUGGCUCCACUGCCUGCCCACGCGACCAGGGGUGACUGUGUUCAUGAGUGCUGAGUGAUGUCACACGGCAAGACUCGUGACCCCGGCGAGGUCCUUGUCCUACUGAGAGGCCAGACAAGUGGGGAUAACUACUGUAGCAAAGCGUACUGUGUUCCCUUUACUGCAUGGGUGAGGAAAAGAAUAAACUCUUACUUCUGUGGUGGACGAGAUGAUGAAAGACGGAAAGCCAAUCUCAACACCAACACAGAGACAACUACUCAUAAAACACUAAAUAAAUCCAC